UUAGCUCUACUUGAGUUCUCGAUAUAUCAUCUAUUUUUGAGACUACUGGUAAACGUACCGUCUCCAAGCUACCUAAUGUUCCAAGGUAAACGCGCAGGCAAAUACUAUUGGUUAUAACCCCAUGUUACCUCAAGUACGUUGUCAUGUCAUCUGCGCCUUAGCUUCGAAUAUUGUGAUGACAUCAGGUAUCGUUCAGGUCUUCAUGUCUUGUCCUCUAGUUAAGCUUACACCUAAGCCACUAUUAUAUACGCGUAUUCUUAAAUAAAGUGACCAUCUUGUCUAUGUCACGGCCCGCGCUUUAUUCUUAUUCACGUGUAAUCGACCUCGUUCCCUUUUAAGACAACUCCUUAAAACCAGCUUGCCGCUUGUCUUUAUUCUAGCAGUAUAUUACUUCCUUACCCGAUUCUACAGUAGCUAAUCGUGCCUCGUUUGGACUCUACAAUGAGCGCACAUCCAAGCCAUUCGCCCAUUCCGGGUGAUAAUCCUAAUUACUACGCCGAGCUAGGCGAGAAUAAUCCUCAGCCAGUUCCAUCUCAGUCUGGUGCGACUCAGCAAGGACAAUACAAUCCCCCUUCAGCUUCAGGUCCUCCAUUGUCCUCUAGCGCCGACCCGACUUACUAUCCACCGCCGCCACCUGGCCCUCCUCCAGUUACUCAACAUCAUGAUUAUUAUCCACCGCCUCCAGGUCCUCCACCUUCAAAUUUAGACCAAGUGUACUACCCGCCUCCGCCACCGGGCCCCCCUCCGCACCAGGUCUACACACCAUCAGAGGAGAACCCAAGCUACCCUCCGCCGGGCUAUUCGGAAUUUGAAACCGGAUCCGGGAUUACGGCGACUGAUGAAAAGCCACCAGCUCUUCCAUCACGCCCCACCCCAUCACAAGGAGGGCAACCGGCACCACAUUUCCCUCCCCCUCCUACCGAGGCUUCACUCCCUCACGUAGCUGCGGGUCUUCAUCCCGACCAGCAGCACCAGCAGCACCAGCAACAGCCGUCUACAACAAACACUCAUGCUCCCGCUUCUUCUACGCCAAAACCGGGCUUCGGGCGUAAGCUACAUGGAUGGGCUAUGAAGGUCGGUACCCCUAUCAACAAACUAACGAACAAGCUGGGUUCCGAAGCCUUCAUGCCCACAACCAUGGACAAGGAAUGCGAUAAGGCGGCGCGUAUUCUGAAGAGUUUUUGCAAAGACGGCUUUUAUACCACCGCAUCUGCACCCGCACCCGCAUCAACGCAAGGUGCCCCAUCUUCAGGCCCAAGCAGCAAGUCCAAAGUACUAGUAAAGAUCCCGCAGUCCGUGAUUGCUAACGCGAAGGGGUUGGCAAUCUUUACCACCUUCCGCACUGGGUUUCACAUCUCAGGGGCAGGAGGUGCAGGCCUCGUCGUCGCCAGACUGCCGGACGGUAGCUGGUCACCGCCGGCCGGAUUCCUCGUGCAUACGUUAGGUGCGGGACUUGUUGUCGGGCUUGAUAUAUACGAUUGUGUGUGUGUGCUCAACACUCCCGCCGCCGUCGAAGCUUUCGCCAAACCCCGCUUUAGCUUGGGUGGCGAGGUCGCCGUCGCAGCAGGGCCUAUAGGCGUGGGGACAAGCGUCGAGGCCGCAGUGGGAAAGGGAAUUAAACCGGUGUGGAGCUACAUGAAGUCGCGGGGCUUCUACGGCGGCGUGCAGGUUGACGGGACGAUAAUUAUACAGCAGCCUGGGACGAACGAAGCCUUUUACGGAGUAGACGAGAUCAGCGUGGAUAAGAUUCUAAAGGGCCAGGUCGGAGAUGGUAGUCAGAGUGGGAAGAAUAAGAAUGAAGAUAUUGUGAUGUGGCCCGAGGGUGCAAGGCAACUAAUGGAGGUGCUAAAGGCGGCUGAGGGUAAGCGCGCCGAUGAAGGUAUCAUGAACAAGCUUGGUGACCAGCCUACCCCUGGAGAUCUCGCCCCUACACCUACGCCUUCGCCGGGUCCCGAACAGCAGCAUUUCCCUCAGAAGACGGACGACGAUGCGGGAGGAAAGACAAGAUUCGCCUAGGCUAUAUUUCAUGAUUUCGAUAUCGUCCUGUUCCUCAUGACAAAGUUUGGAAGGGGAUAUAAUUUCAAGUUAGAGGUAGCUAUAUUGAGGGGCAAAUUAUCAUAAUUAUUGGGAUACAAAUAUUCUUUGCCGACCUCUUUAAGUAACC